AAAUUAUACCAUUCCAAGCCAGAUAGGAUCUCUUCAUAAACUUAUCCUUCUAAACUUAUCUUUGAAUAGUCUUACUGGGAUCAUUCCAUCACAAAUAGGGGCUAUUCAAAAUCUUACUCAUUUAGACUUGUCUUCUAACAGUCUUACUGGGAUUAUUUCAUCUCAAAUAGGAGCUCUUCAAAAUCUCACUUAUCUGGACUUGUCUUCUAACAAUCUUACUGGGAUCAUUCCAUCACAAAUAGGAGCUCUUCAAAAUCUUACUUAUUUAGACUUGUCUUUUAAUUUUCUUACUGAGAUCAUUCAAUUCCCAAUAGGAGCUCUUCAAAAUCUCACUUAUUUGGACUUGUCUUGUAACGGUCUUACUGGGAUCAUUCCAUUUCAAAUAGGAGCUCUUCAAAAUCUCACUUAUUUGGACUUGUCUGAUAACAGUCUUACUGGGAUCAUUCGAUUCCAAAUAGGAGCACUUCAAAAUCUCAUUUAUUUGGACUUGUCUUCUAACAGUUUUAUUGGGAUCAGUCCAUUCCAAAAAGGAGCUCUUCAAAAUCUCGCUUAUUUGAACUUGUCUUGUAACGACCUUACUGGGAUCAUUCCAUUCCAAAUAGGAGCUCUUCAAAAUCUCACUUAUUUGGACUUGUCUGAGAACGGUCUUACUGGGAUCAUUCCAUUCCAAAUAGGAGCUCUUCAAAAUCUCACUUAUUUGGACUUGUCUGAUAACUGUCUUAGUGGGAUCAUACCAAUCCAAAUAGAAGCUCUUCAAAAUCUCACUUAUUUGGACUUGUCUUAUAAUAGUCUUACUGGGAUCAUUCCAUUCCAAAUAGGAGCUCUUCAAAAUCUGAUUUAUUUGAACUUGUCUUAUAACGACCUUACUGGGAUCAUUCCAUUCCAAAUAGGAGCGCUUCAAAAUCUCACUUAUUUGGACUUGUCUGAUAACAGUCUUACUGGGAUCAUUCCAUUCCAACUAGGAGGUCUUCAAAAUCUCACUUAUUUGGACUUGUCUGAUAGCAGUCUUAGUGGAAUCAUUCCAUUCGGAAUAGGAGCUCUUCAAAAUCUCACUUAUUUGGACUUGUCUUCUAACACCCUUACUGGGAUCAUUCCAUUCCAAAUAGGAGCUCUUCAAAACCUCGCUUAUUUGAACUUGUCUUGUAAUGACCUUACUGGGAUCAUUCCAUUCCAAAUAGGAGCGCUUCAAAAUCUCACUUACUUUGACUUGUCUGAUAAUAGUCUUACUGGGAUCAUUCCAUUUCGAAUAAGAGCUCUUCAAAAUCUCACUUAUUUAGACUUAUCUUCUAACAGUCUUACUGGGAUCAUUCCAUUCCAAAUAGGGGCUCUUCAAAAUCUCACUUAUUUGGACUUGUCUGACAAUAGUCUUACUGGGAUCAUUCCAUUCCAAAUAGGAGCUCUUCAAAAUCUGAUUUAUUUGAACUUGUCUUAUAACGACCUUACUGGGAUCUUUCCAUUCCAAAUAGGAGCUCUUCAACAUCUCACUUAUUUGGACUUAUCUUAUAACAGUCUUAUUGGGAUCAUUCCAUCACAGAUAGGGUCUCUUCAUAAUCUGAUUGAACUACACUUGUGUUCUAAUAAUCUUACUGGGAUCAUUCCAUCACAGAUAGGAUCUCUUUAUAAUCUGAUUGAACUACGCUUGUGUUCUAACAGUCUUACUGGAACCAUUCCAUCACAGAUAGGAUUUCUUCAUAAUUUGAUUCAUCUGUACUUAUUUUCUAACAAUCUUACUGGGAUUAUUCCAUCCCAAAUAGGAUCUCUUCGUAAUCUCACUUAUCUGGACUUAUCUUCUAACAGUCUUACUGGGAUUAUUCCAUCCCAAGUAGGAGCUCUUCAAAAUCUCACUCUUUUGGACUUGUCUUACAACAAUCUUACUGGUACCAUUCCAAUGCAGAUAGGAGCUCUUCAAAAUCUCAAUUAUUUGAACUUGUUUCAUAACAACCUUACUAAUCUCGUUCCAACUCAAAUAGAAGAUCUUCCACAACUCACAUAUCUAAACUUGUCUUACAACAAUGUUGUUUCAAGUAAUGAGCAUGCACUGUGUCAAAGCAAAUGGUGGAACUUAAGCAAUGGUGGCUCCCAUCACUAUUGUGACUGGGAUGGCAUAGCAUGCGAUGGCGUAGGAAGAGUUAUGUCAAUUAACCAACCAAGAAUCUAUUCACAGCAUCGUCAGCUAGCAGAUCUCAACUUCACUGAAUUAAAAAGACUAAAAUACUUAAAUCUUUCUAGAAUGGGGAUAACAGGUAGCAUUCCAAUUGAUAUGGGAGGCCUUCAAAAUCUCAAUCAUUUGGACUUAUCUUGCAACAACCUUUCAGGUAUCAUUCCAACUUAUAUUGGAGACCUUCAAAAUCUCACUUAUUUGGACUUGUCUUGCAACAACCUUUCAGGUAUCAUUCCAACUCAUAUAGGAGGCCUUCAAAAUCUCAAUUAUUUGGACUUGUCUUGCAACAACCUUUCAGGUGGUAUCCCUUAUUUGAUUUUCAAUAUGAGAGAUUUACAACAUUUUGAUGUUUCUCAGAAUCAAUUAAGUGGUGGCAUUCCAGAAGAAUUAGGAAAUUUCAAUAAUCGCUUUCACGUAGAUGUCUCCCAAAAUAAUUUGAGUGGAAAUGUACCGGACAUUUUGAACAGUUACUUUCAUGUUGAUGGUAACUUUAGUCAUAACAAAUUCAAUGGAAUAUUACCAUCUAGUAUAUGUAGUGACCCACCAUCAUGUAGUAUUGAUUUGAGCUACAAUAGUAUCUCUGGUAGCAUACCUAGGGAAUUUGGCAGGCUACAAUACACCAACUUGUCAUACAAUCUCCUUAGCGGCUAUGUUCCAAGUGAAGUUUAUAACUCUUUUCCUCAUGACAUUUUAAAUGGUAAUAGAGAAUUACUUGGGCUAGAGAAGAUACAUAAAGCCUCAAAGUCUUUGCUGAAAAUCAUUAUUCCUUUGACAAUUUUUCUUGCCAUCACAUUUGUUGUGGGUUUCAUCUUAUUUGGAUCAUUCAAAAAGCACAAGAAAUCCAUAAGUGAGGCAAGAGAAGCAAAAAAUGGGGAUUUGUUUUCAAUAUGGAACUAUGAUGGAAAAAUUGCAUAUGAAGACAUCAUUGAAGCAACAGAGGACUUUGACAUCAAAUAUUGUAUCGGAACUGGUGCUUAUGGAAGUGUUUAUAGAGCACAACUUCCAAGUGGCAAAAUCGUAGCAUUGAAAAAACUCCAUAAAAGAGAAUAUGGAAACAAAUUUUUGGCCAAGAGUUUUCAUAAUGAAGUGAAGAUGUUGAGUGAAAUUCGACAUCGCAAUAUUGUAAAGCUUCAUGGUUCUUGUUUGCACAAUCAAUGUAUGUUUCUCAUAUAUGAAUACAUGGAAAGAGGAAGCCUUUUUUAUGUGUUGAAUUAUGAUGAUGAAGCUAAAGAGUUAAAUUGGAGUAAGAGAGUGAAUGCCAUUAAAGGAAUAACAAAUGCUUUGUUGUAUAUGCAUCAUCACUGUGCUCCUCCAAUUAUCCACCGAGACAUAACAAGCAGUAACAUAUUGUUGAACUCAGAGAUGGAAGCUUUUUUAUCAGACUUUGGCACAGCUAGGAUCAUUGAUCCAGAUACAUCUAAUCAAACUAUAUUAGUUGGUACUUAUGGUUAUGUUGCUCCAGAGCUUGCAUACACUUUAGUUGUUACUGAAAAAUGCGAUGUUUAUAGUUUCGGGGUGAUGACAUUAGAAACAAUUAUGGGAAGACAUCCUGGAGAUUUGAUAUUAUCUUUGUCAAAGACGUGUACAGAGAGCAUUUUGCUAAAGGAUAUUUUAGACUCACGUCUCCCUUUGCCAUCACAGAAAGAUGCAGGAGAUAUAACUCUUUUGUUCACAAUAGCAUUAGCAUGCUUGAACCCAUCUCCCAAAUCUCGACCAUCAAUGCAACAGGUGUCUCAAAGGCUUUUAUCUUCCAACCUUCCAUUAGCAAUUCCUUUCAAUAAUAUCUCAAUCCAACAUUUAGCGAAUGAAGAUAUGCCAAUAAUGCAAUAAAAAGCUUGGAGAUCUGGCUCAGUGUUUGAUUUGUAUCUCAGAUGAAACUUUUAAAGACUUGCUUCAAAGUCUAGAUUUGAAAUAUGUAACAUGUUUAAUUUGUUGCAGUUUGAUAUUUGUCUUAUUCUGUUUAAA